GUCACCUCCAUAAAAAACCCCACCCAAAAACAAUCCAUUGCACCCCCAUUGUCACCUUCACUUUCUCCAUUUGUUAAUCUUCAUCACUACAAGUCAAAAUCUUCCAGAAACUCACUCCAUUCUUCACAAUUUUAUAUACACACACUGCAAACAAAUAAAUUUCUUAUGUGAACAAAAAUCACAAACCUCACUUUUUCUCACAAUGGGGUCAAGAAUUAUGCAAUUGCUUUCUCUGUGUUUAUAUGUUUCUCUACAUAGUGUAGUUACAUCAUCUUUCACACCCCCUGAUAAUUAUCUCGUGAAUUGUGGAUCAAACACCAAUGUUAGUGUUGAUAACAGGGUUUUUGUAGCUGAUGGGAUUCAACCAGGCUCUGUGUUUUUGAGUUCUGGGGAGUCUGUUUCAGUCACAAAUCCGAACCCAUCUUCAAUUGCGGCUCCACUUUAUGGUACUGCAAGGAUUUUCAAGACUGCUUCAGCUUACACGUUCAAGAUUAAUAAACUGGGGACCCAUUUGGUAAGAUUGCAUUUUUCACCGUUUGUUACUGAGGAUUAUAAUCUUGGGAAUGCUAAUUUUAGUGUUUCUGCUAAUGGGUUGUUGGUUUUGAGUCAUUUUAGUGCUAAGAAACCUGUUUUUAAGGAGUUUGUUUUGAUGGCGGAUAAGGUUAAUUUUGAGGUCUUGUUUGUGCCCAAUGGGGAGGAGGAUGGUUUGGCUUUUGUGUGUGCAAUUGAAGUCUUUUCGACGCCGGAUGAUUUUAUUCUUGAUAAUGGGGUUAAAUUGAUUGGCCCUAAUGGUGUUCAAGAAUUUAAAGAUCUUAGAUUGCAAACUUUGGAAACUAUUCAUAGGAUUAAUGUUGGGGGGCCUAAGUUAACUCCUUUUAAUGAUACUCUUUGGAGGACUUGGGUUCCUGAUGAGGAAUUUUUGGUUUCCAAAUUAACGGCUAAAUUGGCGAAUACUACACACCCGCCAAACUAUCAGAAAGGCGGUGCUAGUAGAGAAAUUGCACCGGAUAAUGUGUACAUGACUGCACAACAAAUGAAUAGGGAUAAUACGUCGUCGGGGUUCUCGUAUUUCAAUGUAACUUGGGAUUUUCCAGUGGGGGCGGGAUCUGUUAGACAUUUUGUUCGUUUGCACUUUUGUGACAUUGUUAGUAUUGCGCUUAAUCAGCUCUACUUUGAUGUUUACAUAAAUGAGUUUGUUGCAUAUAAAGAUGUUGAUCUGUCUUCGUUGACGUUUCAUUCUCUUGCGUCUCCAUACUACAUUGAUUUUGUUGUUGAUUCGGAGAAUUCAAGGAUUGUUCGUGUUAGUAUUGGUCCUUCGGAUUUAAGUAAUAUUCUUAGAAAGAAUGCUAUAUUGAAUGGGGUGGAGAUCAUGAGGAUUGUUAACUUUGUGGGCAUACGAGCAGAAUCUAAAAAGAUAAAUAAAUGGAUUUUGGUGGGUUCUAUAGUUGGAGGAGUUGCUGUAGUAUGUUUAGCAAUACUUGCAGUUUUGGUUGUCUUGAGAUCCAAGAGGAGAAAAGCAAAGCCAAGACCUGCAGAGAGUAUGGGUUGGACACCUCUUCGUGGUUUUGGAGGAAGUUCACUUAGUAAACAGUCUAUAGUUACCACAUCUACAUCUCCGGGACAAAAUGGGUAUCUUGCGUUAAAGAUUCCUUUUGCUGAACUAGAAUCAGGAACGAAUAAUUUUGACAAGAAUCUGGUUAUUGGAUCUGGUGGCUUUGGGAUGGUUUAUAAAGGAGUUCUUAAGGAUUCAACAAGGGUUGCUGUGAAGCGAGGUGUACGUGGUUCCAGGCAAGGCCUGCCAGAAUUUCAGACUGAGAUAACCAUUUUGUCAAAAAUUCGCCAUCGCCAUCUUGUUUCACUUGUUGGCUAUUGUGAAGAGCAGUCUGAAAUGAUACUUGUUUAUGAAUAUAUGGAGAAGGGGGCGCUGAAAAACCAUUUAUACGGUUCCAAUUUGCCACCUUUGUCUUGGAAGCAAAGGCUUGAAAUAUGCAUUGGUGCUGCUAGAGGUUUACACUAUCUUCACACUGGUUCAGCACAAGGAAUCAUCCAUAGAGACAUCAAAUCAACCAACAUCUUGCUUGAUGAAAACUAUGUUGCUAAAGUUGCUGAUUUUGGUCUUUCAAGAUCUGGCCCAUGUCUUGAUGAGACUCAUGUUAGCACUGGUGUCAAAGGUAGUUUUGGAUAUCUUGAUCCAGAGUACUUUCGCCGACAGCAACUUACGGAUAAGUCCGAUGUUUAUUCUUUUGGGGUUGUACUUUUUGAAGUUCUUUGUGCUCGACCAGCUGUUGAUCCGUUGUUAGACAGGGAACAGGUAAACUUAGCUGAAUGGGCAAUGGAAUGGCAGAAGAAGGGUCUUCUUGCACAGAUUAUCGAUCCAAAUCUUGUGGGUAAUAUUAAUUCAAACUCUUUGAAAAAACUAGGGGAAACAGCAGAGAAAUGUUUGGCAGAAUAUGGUGUUGAUAGACCAACAAUGGGUGAUGUGUUGUGGAAUUUGGAAUAUGCACUUCAGCUCCAGGAUAGCAAAGAACCUUCCCAGGAUACUAAUCAUACAACACCGGAAGUCCUAGAGCACGAAGCUGUUCCUACGGUUUACUCUUGCAGUUCUAGGACGGAUGGUGAUAUUCAAGAUGCUACUACAGAUGUGACAUCAGGCGAAAUUUUUUCUCAGCUGGUAAACAAAGAAGGUAGAUAAUUUAUAAAACCCAUUAAAAGUUAUCCUUAAUCCUUGCUCUAUACUGAGUCUUGGUUCUACAGAUCUUUUGGAAUGUACUGCAUAUAAUUUGUUUACCUAGCAUUAUAUUUGCUUUUAGGUAAAUUUCUUUUUUGCCUUAACAAUUGGUAACUAAUAUUGAAAGAGUAAUCUACUAACUAGUGCCGAGAAAUCUUGGUUAAAAGGCUUGCUACGUAGAUUGUCCUGCUAUAGCACCUUCUAUUUUACCUCCAUGUAUCAGGAAGAUGUUUCUCUACAGAUUUAUACAAUAUCAUAAGUCCUUGCUAUA